ACGAGGGUGGUCCUGCAACUGCACUUUCGCAUUGGAAGAAACGCAGCAUGAGGGACGAGCUGAUGACUAGUGAUGUGGGGGUUGGGCUGUACUCGGCACUGACGCUUGCAGCAUUUGAGGACAUGGGUUUUUAUUUGGCAAACUACAGCGCGGCGGAGAUGUUGUGGUGGGGCAACAACUCUGGCUGUGGGCUGCUGGAAAAGAAGUGCUUGACCGACGGCAUCAGCGAAUACCCUGAUCUGUUCUGCAACCAGUUCUCGCGUGCCGGAUAUAAGCUCUGCACGUACAACCGUCUGUCUCUGGGGCGCUGUAAGCUGAAGAGGCACGAGGAAGCCCUCCCAGAGGAGUAUCGGUACUUUGCUGAUCCCCGGGUUGGCGGUGAUAACCUCUACAUGAGCAGAUGCCCGUAUGUCAAGAAAUAUUCUAAUGCUGGGUGCACCAACGGCGAUCCUUCAGUAAUGCUUGGCAGUAUCGUUGGCCCGAACUCGCGGUGCGUAAAGGGGCAGGAGCUUCAAUUCGACGACAAAUAUAUUGGCGAUGUGUGUGUGGACACUCGAUGCAGCGACGGCACACUGAGCGUGCGGUUCCUUCGUGACGAUGCGUGGCACGAGUGCCGGGAGGGUGAGACCGUCACGCCGCCAUCGGGUCCCUGGCGCGGGAGCAUUGUGUGCCCCCAAUACGCCGAUGUGUGCACCGCCUUCCCGAACAUCAGCAGCCACCCAAUACCGGUCGUUGGCCCGCCUCUAGCGGACGACCCGACAUCCGCGGAGGAUGCGGAAGAAGACGAGGGCGAGACUCCCAGGAAGCGGCAGCGGCGACUCUGA